AUGAGGGAUGAUCUGCAAGAACAACUUAGGGCGGCCCAGAGGAGUCAGGCCUACGAAACUACCGAUAUCUUAAAUCAAAUCCGGGAGGUGAGACAUCUGCGCCUGCAGCAGCCCCAGACGGCAACCUCCCUGUUUCCCCUCUCCGCCUCCUCCGACGCCAUGCUGAAGUCACGGCUAGUGAGUAUGGAGGUUCAACUGAAUGCCGCGUGCGCAGCCAAAAAUGAUGCUCAGCUGCAGGUGGAGCAGCUGUCAACUAAGCUGGAGGCGGCUUCA